GGCUCGGCUUCCCAACAUGGCGGCGCCCAGCGGCCCGAGCUGCACGUGAGGAAGAGCAAGCAAGCAAGCCCGCGUCCGAGAGUAGCGUGUGUGCGCCGCUUUCCCCCGCGUCGAGCCCGCGGAUCCCUUCCUGCCUCCCUGAGGCCCUCGCGGGCCGCCGCCCCUCGGCCGACCAUGAAGACAAAGCCGCUUUCCCACAAGACGGAGAACACCUACCGGUUUCUUACAUUUGCUGAAAGACUGGGCAAUGUGAACAUCGAUAUUAUUCACCGUAUCGAUAGAACUGCAAGCUAUGAUGAGGAGGUUGAAACCUACUUCUUCGAGGCUCUGCUGAAGUGGAGAGAACUGAACCUUACAGAGCACUUCGGGAAAUUUUACAAAGAAGUCAUUGACAAAUGCCAGUCUUUUAACCAGUUGGUCUAUCAUCAAAACGAAAUAGUUCAGAGCUUGAAGACUCACCUGCAAAUUAGGAACAGUUUUGCCUACCAACCUCUUUUGGAUUUAGUAGUGCAGUUGGCACGAGAUCUGCAGACUGAUUUCUAUCCACACUUUGAAGACUUCUUCCUGACAGUCACCUCCAUCCUGGAGACUCAGGACACAGAGCUGUUAGAAUGGGCUUUCACCUCGCUGUCGUAUCUUUACAAGUACCUGUGGAGACUGAUGGUGAAGGACAUGGCCAAGAUCUACAGCAUGUACAGUACCCUCUUGGCUCAUAAAAAACUACACAUAAGAAAUUUUGCUGCCGAAAGUUUUACUUUUUUGAUGAGAAAGGUCUCUGAUAAAAAUGCACUUUUCAAUUUAAUGUUUCUUGAUCUCAAUGAACAUCCAGAAAAAGUGGAAGGAGUUGGACAGUUGCUCUUUGAAAUGUGCAAAGGAGUCAGAAAUAUGUUUCAUUCCUGUGCGGGCCAGGCACUGAAGCUCAUUUUGCAAAAACUGGGACCUGUAACUGAAACAGAAACUCAACUGCCAUGGACUUUAGUUGGGGAAACCCUGAAAAACAUGGCCAAAUCCACUGUCGGCUAUAUCUAUAAGGAACAUUUUGGUGUAUUUUUUGACUGUUUGCAAGAAUCACUCCUGGAGCUACACAGCAAAGGGACGAAAACAAACUGCCGUGAAAACUCUGAACAGAUCAGUCGGCUGCUGGAAACAUUGCUGAUCCUCGUGAAACACGGAAGUGGGUCAAAAAUAACAAAGCCUGCUGACGUCUGUAGGGUAUUGUCUGAAGCAUUACAGACAGCCAAUCUUUCCACAUCUUGCCGGAAGACCCUCUUGGAUGUGGUUUCUGCUUUGCUCCUAGCUGAAAAUGUUUCCUUGCCAGAGACUCUCAUCAAAGAAACCAUAGACAAAAUAUUUGAAAGCAAAUUUGAGAGACGUUUGAUUUUGGAUUUUUCUGAAGUCAUGUUUCCUAUGAAGCAGUUUGAACAGCUGUUCCUACCAAGCUUUCUCUGGUACAUUGAGAAUUGCUUCUUGAUGGGCGACUCCGUGGUCUGCGAUGAAGCCCUGGCCAUUUUAGCCAAGCUCAUUCUGAAAAAAGCUGCCCCGCCCACUGCUGGCUCUAUGGCCAUUGAAAAAUACCCUCUGGUUUUCUCUCAACAGACUGUGGGAUCCUACUUAAAGCAGAGGAAGACUGACUCUAAGAGAAGAGGGGAACAGUUUCCCGUACUAGACCAUCUCUUAUCCAUAGUUCAGUUGCCCCCAGAUAAUGAUACCACUUACCUUUCACGGUCUUGGGCAGCCCUUGUGGUAUUACCUCAUAUCAGACCUCUUGAGAAGAAGAAGGUGCUAGCUCUCGUGUCAUGCUUCAUAGAGUCACUCUUCAUGGCUGGUGACAAGGGGAGCUUUGGGAAAGGAAACUUAUUUGUUCUCUGUCAAGCUGUAAGUACCCUGCUAAGUUUAGAAGAGUCUUCUGAACUUCUUCAUCUGGUUCCUGUGGAGCGGGUGAAGAAUUUAGUGCUAACGUUUCCGACGGAGCCAUCUGUGUUGCUGUUGGCUGACCUCUAUUAUCAGAGGCUGGCCUUAUGUGGAUGCAAAGGGCCGCUUUCUGAGAAAGCUUUAAUGGAGUUAUUUCCCAAGUUACAGACAAACAUUUCAACUGGUGUCUCCAAGAUUCGGCUCUUGACAAUAAGGAUCCUAAAUCAUUUUGACAUCCGGCUUCCAGCAUCAGUGGAGGAUGAUGGGCUCUCGGAGCGGCAGUCGGCCUUUGCUGUCCUACGCCAGGCAGAGCUGGUGCCGGCCACUGUGAGUGACUACAGAGAGAAGCUCCUCCACCUGAGAAAGCUGAGGCAUGAUGUGGUGCAGGAUGCAACCCCUCCGGGGCCGCUGCAGGAGGUGCCACUCCGUUACCUGUUAGGCAUGCUGUAUGUCAACUUCAGCGCCCUCUGGGACCCUGUGAUUGAGCUCAUAAGUUCUCAUGCCCAUGGAAUGGAAAACAAGCAAUUCUGGAAUGUCUGCUAUGAACAUCUAGAGAAAGCAGCUGCACAUGCUGAGAAAGAACUGCAGAAGGAUAGGAGAGACGAACAGCCCACUGCAGAUGGAGGCUGGGAGCAAACCCAAGAGGGAGACGUUGGCGCACUCUACCAGCAGCAGUUAGCAUCCAGAACCGACUGUCGGGAACGACUGGACCAUACCAACUUCCGAUUCUUGCUCUGGCGAGCCUUGGCCAAAUUUCCAGAGAGAGUAGAGCCACGGUCCAGGGAACUCUCCCCACUGUUCUUGAGGUUCAUCAACAAUGAGUAUUAUCCAGCUGAUCUGCAAGUUGCUCCAACCCAGGAUCUACGCAGAAAGGGCAGAGGAGCAGAGGCUGAGGAAGUGGAAGAGGAGCCUGCUGUGGGGGAAGAUGAAGAGUUGGAGGAAGAGGCAGUGCCCGCAGAUGAAGCCCCCCAGAAGAAGAAGACAAGAAGGGCCGCAGCCAAGCAGUUAAUUGCUCAUUUGCAAGUCUUCUCUAAGUUUUCAAACCCACGGGCCUUGUAUCUAGAAUCCAAAUUAUAUGAACUAUAUCUUCAGUUACUGCUACACCAAGAUCAAACCGUGCAAAAAAUAGCCUUGGAUUGCAUAAUGACCUACAAACACCCUCAUGUCCUCCCUUACAGGGAGAACUUACAGAGGCUGCUGGAGGACAGGAGCUUUAAAGAAGAGAUCGUGCAUUUCAGCAUUUCAGAAGACAACACCAUAGUGAAAACUGCACACCGGGCAGAUUUGUUUCCAAUUCUGAUGAGAAUUUUGUAUGGGCGGAUGAAGAAUAAGACAGGGAGUAAAACCCAGGGGAAAUCCGCUUCCGGCACCCGCAUGGCCAUUGUCCUGCGGUUCCUCGCUGGGACCGAACCUGGAGAGAUCCACUUGUUCUUAGACCUGCUGUCUGAACCUGUGAAGCACUUCAAAAACGGGGAGUGCCAUUCUGCAGUCAUUCAGGCAGUAGAGGACUUGGAUUUGUCUAAGGUUCUUCCCGUGGGUCGUCAGCAUGGCAUCUUAAAUAGCAUGGAGGUUGUAUUGAAGAACAUCAGUCAUCUAAUCAGCGAGUACCUUCCAAAGAUUCUGCAGAUCUUGCUGUGUAUGACAGCGACCGUCUCACACAUCCUCGACCAGCGAGAGAAGAUACAGCUACGGUUUAUUAACCCACUGAAAAAUUUAAGACGUCUGGGAAUCAAAAUGGUGAGCGAUAUCUUUUUGGAUUGGGAAUCCUAUCAGUUCAGAGCAGAAGAAAUCGAUGCUGUGUUUCAUGGUGCAGUCUGGCCCCAGAUCUGCAGGCUUGGAUCUGAGAGUCAAUAUUCACCUACUCCUCUGCUGAAGCUAAUUAGUAUCUGGAGCAGAAAUGCAAGAUACUUCCCUCUUCUGGCUAAACAGAAACCUGGACACCCAGAAUGUGAUAUCCUGACCAAUGUCUUUGCAGUUCUUUCGGCAAAGAAUCUGUCCGAUGCCACAGCUAGCAUUAUAAUGGACAUAGUCGAUGAUCUUCUCAACCUUCCAGAUUUUGAGCCCACAGAAACAGUGCCGAGCUUGCCGGUUACUGGCUGUGUGUACACCGAGGUGGCAGACAACACAGAGCCUAUCACUGUGGGAGGGAGACUGAUUCUGCCUCAUGUGCCUGCAAUUCUUCAGUAUCUCAGCAAAAGCACAAUAAGUGCAGAGAAGGUGAAGAAGAAGAAGAACAGGGCACAAGUCAGUAAGGAGCUCGGCAUUCUUUCAAAGAUAAGCAAGUUUAUGAAAGACAAAGAGCAGAGUUCUCUCCUCAUUACACUUCUCCUUCCCUUCCUCCUCCGGGGCAGUGUUGCUCAGGAUACAGAGCUUGAUAUCCUGGUGACAGUACAGAACUUGUUACAGCAUUGUCUGGACCCCACUAGCUUCCUCAAACCUCUGGCCAAACUCUUUUCAGUUAUUAAGAACAAGUUGUCAAGACAGUUGCUGUGUACCGUUUUCCAGAGUCUGUCUGAUUUUGAAAGUGGACUAAAAUAUAUUACAGACAUUGUAAAGCUUAAUGCCUUUGAUAAAAGGCAUCUCGAUGACAUCAACUUUGACGUCCGCUUCUCAGCAUUCCAGACCAUCACCUCUACCAUAAAGGAGAUGCAGACGGUGGAUACUGACUACCUGGUCCCUGUGAUGCAUAACUGCUUCUAUAAUAUGGAGUUAGGAGACAUGUCUUUAAGUGACAAUGCCUGCAUGUGCUUGACAAGUAUCAUCAAAAGGCUAGCUGCUUUGAACGUCACAGAGAAAGACUAUAAGGAGAUCGUUCACCGCACUCUCCUGGAGAGACUGAGGAAAGGACUGAAGAGCCAGACAGAGAGUGUUCAACAUGAUUAUACUCUGAUCCUUUCCUGUUUGAUUCAAACUUUUCCCAAUCAACUGGAGUUUAAGGACUUGGUGCAGCUCACUCAUUACACUGACCCGGAAAUGGACUUCUUUGAGAACAUGAAGCACAUUCAGAUCCACAGACGAGCGAGAGCCCUGAAGAAACUGGCCAAACAACUCCUCGAAGGGCAGGUUGUGCUGUCUUCUAAAUCUCUUCAGAAUUACAUCAUGCCUUACGCCAUGACUCCAAUUCUUGAUGAGAAACUGCUCAAGCAUGAAAACAUAACCAUUGCUGCCACAGAGGUUAUUGGAGCUAUUUGCAGACACCUGUCUUGGCCAGCCUAUGUGUAUUACUUGAAACAUUUCAUUCACGUCUUGCAGACAGGCCAGAUCAACCAGAAGCUGGGCGUCAGUUUGCUGGUGAUAGUGUUGGAAGCGUUCCAUUUUGACUACAAAACUCUUGAAGAACAAAUGGGAAGUGUUAAGAAUGAAGAAAACACAGUUGAAAUGACUGAGUUACUGGAGCAUGAAGCCAUGGAAUUGGAGCCCGUGGAUGAGGAAGAGAAGGAGCAAACCUGUAAGAGUUUGUCAGAUGGCAGGGAGCCGCUGGAAGCCCCCGAGGCAGCGGAGUCUGGUAGGGCAGCAGCUACGGAGCAAGAGUGCAGCUCGAAGUCCGUCUCUUUCCUUCCUCGGACUAAGGAAGAGCUGGAAAGAACCAUUAAAACCAUCCAGGGAGCCAUAACUGGGGACAUCCUCCCCAGGCUCCACAAGUGCCUGGCAUCUGCGACCAAAAGGGAAGAAGAGCACAAGCUGGUCAAGUCAAAGGUCGUGAAUGAGGAGGAAGUGGUCCGGGUCCCCCUGGCUUUUGCCAUGGUGAAGCUGAUGCGGUCCCUCCCACAGGAGGUGAUGGAGGCAAAUCUGCCCAGUGUUUUGCUGAAAGUGUGUGUCCUCCUCAAGAACAGAGCUCAGGAAAUCAGAGACAUUGCACGCAGUACUCUCACCAAAAUAAUCGAAGAUCUGGGGGUGCACUUUCUGCAGUAUGUUCUCAAAGAAUUACAGACGACCCUUGUCCGUGGGUAUCAGGUCCACGUGCUCACGUUCACCGUUUACACAUUGCUACAAGGCCUCAGCAGCAAGCUGCAAGUUGGGGAUUUAGACCCUUGUCUACCAAUAAUGACUGAGAUUUUUAACCAUGAAUUGUUUGGUGCCCUUGCUGAAGAAAAGGAAGUAAAGCAGAUUCUGUCCAAAGUCAUGGAAGCACGAAGGAGCAAGAGUUAUGAUUCUUAUGAAAUCCUGGGCAAGUUUGUCGGUAAAGAUCAGGUUACAAAACUUAUUCUUCCGUUAAAAGAGAUCCUGCAAAACACCACGAGUUUAAAACUUUCCCGGAAAGUUCACGAAACCUUACGCCGAAUUAUAGCAGGAUUAAUUGUGAAUCCAGACAUGACAGCAGAAUCUCUUCUACUGCUCAGUUAUGGUUUGGUCAGUGAAAAUCUGCCACUGCUAAGAGAAAAGGAAAAAAAGCCAGCAGCCCCUGGACCUGACGCACGACUGCCACCCCAGAGCUGCCUUCUGCUCCCCCCAACUCCAGUUCGAGGUGGGCCAAAAGCUGUUGUGAGCAAGAAAACCAACAUGCACAUAUUCAUCGAGUCUGGGCUUCGGCUGCUGCAUCUGAGUCUAAAGACUUCCAAGAUCCAGUCUUCGAAUGAGCAUGUGCUGGAAAUGCUGGACCCUUUUGUGUUGGUCCUCAUAAACUGCCUGGGUGCCAGGGAUGUGAAGGUCAUCACAGGGGCUUUGCAGUGCCUGAUCUGGGUCUUGCGGUUCCCUCUGCCUUCCAUAGAAAGCAAAGCAGGACAGCUAACGAAGCACCUUUUCCUCCUGCUGAAGAACUAUGCAAGACUGGGGGCUGCCCGAGGCCAGAACUUCCACCUGGUAGUGAAUUGUUUCAAGUGUGUGACCAUCGUUGUCAAGAAGGUCAAGUCCUAUAAGAUAACUGAGAAACAACUUCAGGUUCUCCUGGCAUAUGCUGAGGAAGACAUUUAUGAUACCACAAGACAAGCCACUGCAUUUGGUCUUCUCAAGGCUAUUUUAUCAAGGAAAUUAUUGGUCCCAGAAAUUGAUGAUAUCAUGCGGAAAGUAUCCAAGUUGGCAAUUUCUGCACAAAAUGAACCUGCCAGGGUACAGUGCAGACAGGUUUUUCUGAAAUACAUUCUUGACUAUCCCCUCGGUGAGAAAUUGAGACCAAACUUGGAAUUCAUGCUCGCUCAACUGAAUUACGAACAUGAGACUGGAAGAGAGUCCACCUUGGAAAUGAUUGCCUAUCUCUUUGACACCUUCCCUCAGGGACUGCUCCAUGACAACUGCGGCAUGUUCUUCAUCCCCCUUUGCCUGAUGAUGGUCAACGAUGACUCUGCCAUGUGCAAGAAGAUGGCAUCCAUGGCCAUCAAAUCCCUGCUCAGCAAGGUCAGCCUUGAGAAGAAGGACUGGCUCUUUGAUCUGGUCACCUCCUGGUUCAAAGCGAAAAAGCGAUUAAACAGGCAGCUAGCUGCCCUGACCUGUGGCUUAUUCGUGGAAAGUGAAGGAGUUGAUUUUGAGAGAAGGCUUGGGACUCUUCUUCCUGUGAUUGAAAAGGAGAUUGAUCCUGAAAACUUUAAAGAUAUCAUAGAGGAGACGGAAGAAAAGGCUGCAGAUCGUCUGCUCUUUGCUUUUCUCACACUGAUAAGUAAACUCGUCAAGGAAUGUAACAUUAUUCGCUUUACCAAGCCCUCCGAGACUCUGAAUAAAAUCUGGAGUCAUGUACACUCUCACCUCAGACAUCCGCACAGCUGGGUGUGGCUCACAGCAGCCCAGAUUUUUGGAUUGCUCUUUGCAUCUUGCCAACCAGAAGAACUCAUUCAAAAAUGGAAAAGCAAAAAGAAACCCACGGAGCCUGUAGCAAUCAGGUUCCUAACAAGUGACCUUGACCAAAAGAUGAAGAGCAUCGCUCUGGCUUCAUGCCAUCAGCUGCAUUCCAAAUUCUUAGACGAGUCCCUAGGAGAACAGGUUGUUAAGAACUUACUGUUCAUAGCCAAAGUCUUAUAUUUACUGGAACCCGAUUCUGGGAACAAGCGAGGAGAGUUGAAAGACUUGGAAGAUGCUCUGGCCAGAGAGGCGGCAGGAGACGAGGCUGGUGCAGAUGGAAAGACGGAGCCUGAAAGAGAAGAGAAGGAAGAACCCAGCAGGCCGGCCACACUGCUGUGGCUGAUCCAGAAGCUGUCCCGGACGGCUACGCUGGAGGCUGCUUACACGCCUAGAAACCCCUUAAAGAGGACCUGCAUCUUUAAGUUCCUGGGCGCAGUGGCCGUGGACCUCGGGGUGGACCGAGUAAAGCCCUACCUCCCAGUGAUCAUCGCCCCGCUGUUCCGGGAACUCAACAGCACCUAUGCAGAGCAAGAUCCUCUGCUGAAGAAUCUAUCCCAGGAAAUCAUAGAAUUACUCAGAAAGCUGGUGGGGCUCGAGAGCUUCUCAUUGGCCUUUGCCUCUGUGCAGAAGCAGGCUAGUGAAAAGAGGGCACUCCGGAAGAAGAGGAAGGCCCUGGAGUUUGUAACCAAUCCUGAUAUCGCUGCCAAGAAAAAGUUGAAGAAACAUAAAAAUAAAAGUGAAGCAAAGAAAAGAAAGAUAGAGUUCCUGCGCCUGGGCUAUAAGGCCAAGAGACAAAAAUCCCACAGCCUGAGAGAUUUAGCAAUCGUGGAGUGAGGUCUCCCUGUGUGCAUACCAGAAACUCACGCUGUCUCAACUGGGGUGAAAACCUGAACUUCCGGCUUCAUUCUCCUGGACUGAAUACCCAGCAGAUUGUUUUCUAAGUUAAACUUUGAAAGGUGGGUGUGGCUUCACACCUGUAAUCUCUGCACUUGGAAGGCUGAGGCAGGAGGAUUGCUGCAUGUUUGAGGCCCGCCUGUGAGUUUCAGGCCAGCUGGACUACUGAGAACAGGUCUCAACGAAAAGAAAAUGAGUUCAACUUUGGCAUAGAUUUGUAAUGUAUAUUUUAAUGUAAUCAUGCUUGUAUUUUUUAAAUUAAAAUGUUUAAUAUGCUA